AUGACAUUUUAGAAGUCUUGUCGUUUGAGUUGAGUCGCCACUUUUAUUCUAGCUUUAUGGAGGUUAAUUAAUUUUAAUAGAUUAUUAUAAAUUGAUCUUAAAACUAUGUGCCAUGGAAAAGGAGUUAGAUCCCAACAUUAUAAAAGCGACUCAGAUCUCGCUGGGGAAGUAUGUGAAAAGACCACCUUUGAGUGAGAAAUUGUUGAAAAAACCACCGUUUAGAUUUUUGCAUGAUGUUGUCACGUCGGUACUGAAAACGACUGGUUUUUUUGAAGGAUUGUUUGAACCUGAAGAAUUAAUAUCUGAGAAUGUGAAGGACCGAGAAAGCAAAAUUAAAUUUCUUAACAAAGUUAUAACAGUUAUUGGUUUAACAACAGGCAAGCAGUUAGCAAUAAAACCUUCAAAAGUUGUUGCUGGACAAGAAGCAGAUAAAACUAAUGAGUUGCUUCAAACAUUGGCUUUAGCUUUAGAUAAAAAGCUGUCGUCUGAGGAAGCUGUAAAGAAAUACAAGGAAAGUGGAAAUGUACAACAAAUAUCUGACAAAAAAAAUAAAGAAGCUACGAAAUUGAACAAAGAAAAGGAAAAGAGAGUAGUAGAUUCAAAAAAACUAAUAUCAAAAAGCAGUGAAAAGCUAACUGCCAAUAAAAAAGACCCUGGUAGGGUGUCUGUGAAAAAUGGGGGUGAUGGUAAAACUAGUACAAAAAAUAGUCAAAAGGAUGCCAUCAAAAAUGAUAUUCCACCAAAGAAGAGUACGCAACAUGUCAAAGAUACAACAAAGGAAGUUGAUGAAAAAAAAGAAUCACUGCAGCAGUUGGAAAAUAUAGAUAAAAAUAAAAAAGUGAAUGACAUUACUAAAUCAUCGAACAGCAAUAAUAGUUUGGAUGAUGAAGAUGUUAAUAGAAAUUCAAAUUUGCCUCUUGAAGAGGAAGUGUCAAAAAUUGAUGAAACUCCAGAAAUUUCGAAAAACCAUCCACAAUCUGAUUUUUCUUCAACAGUAGAAAAUCAAAUCAAUUCGUCGCUGUCCUCACAAGAUUUGAUGGAAAUUGAAGAUGACAAGCAAUCUCAAGAUGAACUUGUAAAAAAUAAUGUCAAUAAUGAAAAAGAAGCGAACAUCCCUUAUAAUUCUAAAUCAUCAGAUGAUUCUAUUUUGAGCCAUAUUAAUCUUAAAAGUAACAAAGUUAAAAACGACAGUUUUCGUAACAAUGAUAAUGUCCUUGAGGAGAUAAAUUCUGAUGUUGAUAAAAAUACCCAUAUUAACAGUUCAGUCGAUGAUAAAAAUUUCAAUAAUGUGAAAAAUAAUGGUGUUUCCUACAUAGAAUCUGUUCCAAAAUCACCUGAAAAAACGAACAGUGUUGGAAGUGCAAGACCUAAAAGCGUGCGGCCUUCAUCGUCAAGACCUGGAGCUCCAAGGCUACGGGAUAAACAUGAUAAUAUUAUAACAGAAUCAGAAAAUCUUAUCGUAGGGAAAGUAAAUAUAAUAGCAGAAAAUACACCAAUUGAAGAGGAGGAAGAUUCAAGCAUAAUAAUAGAAGAGAAAAAAAUGUUGCACACACAAAACGAACAAGAACAAUUUCAACUAUCAUCGAAACCGCACGGUCAUUUAGUUCAACAAAUAUUGGACUCUCAAAAAGAGUUUUCACAACUAGCUGGUAAAACUGAAAUCGAAUGGGAAUUUGGUGCUCAAAAAGCAAGAGAAGCGGUAAAUAAAGAAAUAGAGCAGCUGCGAUACAAUAUCCAAGGGCUUUCGCGAGUCGCCAACCCGUUAGGCAAAAUACUAGACCAUAUCCAGGAAGAUGUCGAAGUAAUGCGGCAAGAAUUACAACAGUGGGCAAACACAUACGAUGAAGCGUCAAAGGAACUAUUAAAACAAAAGACAUUAAAUGAAGACUCAUUGUUUCCAUUCCGCGGAAAGGUGAAACAACUAGAAGUAGAUAUCAAUGAAAAGCAUGAAAAGAUCAAUGAUCUUAGAAUUGUAAUACACAAAAACUCGACCAGAAUUGAAAAGCUCCUUGCAAGUGGAGAUGUGCAAUAUUAAUGUAGAUAUGUAGGUACAUAGUUUCCCAAUAAUCUAUGUCAUUUUAGUACACAAAUAAAAUUUGCAAUACGUA